UCCCUGGUAUUUGGGAGAACACCCAUCGUGGGGUUUUGUCAUGGCUCGCACCAAGCAGACCGCUCGCAAGUCCACCGGCGGCAAGGCGCCGCGCAAGCAGCUGGCCACUAAGGCGGCCCGGAAGAGCGCACCGGCCACGGGCGGCGUGAAGAAGCCGCACCGCUACCGGCCCGGCACGGUGGCCCUGCGCGAGAUCCGCCGCUACCAGAAGUCCACGGAGCUACUGAUCCGCAAGCUGCCGUUCCAGCGCCUGGUGCGUGAGAUCGCGCAGGACUUCAAGACCGACCUGCGCUUCCAGAGCUCGGCCGUGAUGGCGCUGCAGGAGGCGUGCGAGGCCUACCUGGUGGGGCUCUUCGAGGACACCAACCUGUGUGCUAUCCACGCUAAGCGCGUCACUAUCAUGCCCAAGGAUAUCCAGCUCGCCCGCCGCAUCCGUGGUGAAAGGGCGUAAACUUGUUUUUCUAUUAAGUGCUAAUCUUAGACCCAAAGGCUCUUUUCAGAGCCACCUACAACUUCUUCUUGAAGAGCUGUACCGUAAGGAAGUAAAAUCCCCUUAAGGGUGUGUUAGGGUAGAAUUCUUCCCGUCCCAACCCUUUCCGCUGCAGCCAGACAUUCCUGGAGUUGUAAGUGAGGCGAGGGUCUAACCAUAUUUUCUUAACAGGUAGCCAUCCAAGCAUAGUUUAUCAAACCUUAUUAAAUUAUAGCCCUACUUGUAAAUAGUCCAGUUGAUUGUAUUGCUUUAUCUCACAUUGCUUUUGUCUUUUCUAGGGCUAUGUACCAAUAGUAUGCUAUGCUGUACAAUUUUUUCACAGUUCUUUGCUGUAGUUGUUACUCAAAUAUAGGACUUUAGCUAUUUGACUCAGUGAUCUUGCUUUUACGUUUAUUUCGGUUUGGGGAUUCAGCACUGGGUGAAAAGUGACACAUGGGAUACUGACCAAAUGUGAGAAGAAAAAUAACCUUUUUAUUGUGUAGCUUUUACACUAUAUUUUACAAACUAAAAUACAGAAUGCUGAAAAACAUGACAGCCACCAAUUCUAAAGGCUUUGCUUGUUUUUUCCAUACCCUAUUCCUAGUAGUCUGCCUACCUCUGAGAUGAGAAUUGAUUCACCUUGCUAAAAUAAUUUGCCCAACUCCCACCUAAAACAUAAACCCACAAAAUAGUAAUGGGUGUUGUGUUGUUCACUUGGAUUUAUUUACAUUUCAGGGUUUCAAUAAAAACUUUUGGUUUACAAAAUAAUGUUUUUUAAUGACAAAGAUAUUUCUCUCUGUGUAUAUUGUUUUAACAUUUUAUUUUUUCCAGACUAGUAUAAGCCUCUGCCUGGCACAGACCUUUGUUACCCGUAUAAGAGGUCUGUCAGAGGCACCAAUGCCCUUGGCUUAAAUCAAGGUGAUUUUGCCCCUCAGCUUUUGGCCCCUGCUGAAGUCCAGGUAUCUUGGUUUUUCUUGUUUAUUGCUGUGCUGGCUCUUAUGUACACUGUUUGACAUUUUCCUUUAAUAUUUUAUGUAUCUUGGGAAAAAAGUUUUACGUACAGGGCCUGAUCGGAUAGCUUUUAAAAAGUAAAAGUGCCCAUUGCUGUCUGAGGAUCAGAUAGGCAGGGGACAAUGGCUGGGACUGGCUGAUCCUUCCCCUCCCCAGCCAAGGAACAUGGAUUUGGCUUUAAGUCUUCAUUUACUUGAGCCCCUCAACAGAACAACUGUGCAGUAUCUAGGGGAAAAAAAGGUUAACACAGUCUUACAAUUCAUAACCUUGUUAAUUUUUCUAGGGUAUACUCUGCAAGCUGGCAGCAUCUGGAUGCUAGCUUACCCGGGUUCAUAUCCCAGCUUUACUACUUAAUGUGUCAUCUUAGACAAAUCAAUUUCCCCAUCAUCAGAAAAAUGGGGGUAACACUACCCACUUCGUAGGGUUGUUAUUAGAAUAAUAUGCAUCAAGUUUGGGACACAUAGCAUCAUAUAAAUGCUGUUAAUUUUCCUGAACUGUGUAUCAUUUUCUCUCAUACUCUAGGAUUUUUCAAAAUUUGAAAUAAAGACAAACUUUAGCUUCUAAAUUUCCUUUUU